AUGGCCAGAUUUCUUCUCCUUUGCUUGCUAUUAGCCCAUGUUUUCAAGUCCUUAGCUGUGGAACAUGAACCCAAUCAGAAGUUUCAGCCCCCGGUCGGGUCCAAAGAGCCCAUUAUCUCGGCCCCACCCACAUCAAGUGCAACCAUCGGUCAUGAGAUGGAAAUUGAGCCAGGAGUCGCCGAGGCACCCGGAAAUCGACGGUUGGGCAAGCAUCAUCAUACGGACAAGUCAAUCGCCGGUGGCGGUGUGAUCAUUGGCGGGCUUGCGACGGCUAUCUUCGCCACUGUCUUUUGUUACAUUCGGGUCACCAGACGGAGAAACGAGGAGAAUAAGGUCUAG